AUGGUCACUGUUGGUUGUAGGCCUGAUGUUAUCACUUGCAACAUUUUGAUUGAUGGAUUGUGUAAAACAGGAAAGAUAAAUGUUGCCAUUAAGUUGCACGAAGAAGUGGCUCAGGGGAAUGAAGAAUCUGGUGUUUUUUGUAAGCCAAACGUUGUUACUUAUACUACUAUAAUUGAUGGUCUAUGUAAGGCUGGAUUAGUUAAGAAGGCAAGAGAAUUUUAUUUGGAAAUGAAGGGUUCAGGAAUUAGUCCAAAUGAAGUGACUUAUACCACUCUAAUUCAUUGUUUGUUUUCUGUGUGUGAUUGGGAGAAUGGUAAAAGUUUAUUUAUUGCAAUGAUGGAUCAAGGUGUGCAGCCUUCCGCGGUGACUUAUAAUGUGAUAAUAGAUGAACUUUGCAAGCAGGGGAAAUUGGAUGAAGCAAAUAGGUUGUUGGAACUGAUGAUUCAAAGAGGUGUGAAUCCCAGCAUUUGUACUUACAACAUUUUAAUGAAUGGUUAUUGCAUGGCUGGUAGAAUUGGUGAUGCAAGGGAGUUGUUUGAUUCUAUAACUAGAAAGGGGUAUAGACCUGAUGUUGUUUGCUACAGUAUUUUCAUCAAUUGGUAUUGCAAGAAUAAAAAAGUCAACAAAGCUCUUACUCUUCAUCAAGAGAUGAUUUCAAAAGGAAUUAGGCCUAAUAUGAUUACUUAUAGCAGCCUGUUGCGUGGCCUUUUUCUUAAAGCUGAGGUAAAACAGGCACGGAAAUUACUUGAUGAGAUGCAACUUAAUGGUGUUUUACCUGAUUCUUGGACAUAUAGCAUUUUCAUUGAUGGACUUUGCAAGAAUGGAUAUGUUUUAGAAGCAGUGGAAAUGUUUAAUUCUCUAGUAACUAACAAGUCUGCACUUUGCACUAGGGGUGUCUAA